AUGCGGGCUGCCACAUGGGCACCCCACGUGCACGGCAGGGUCAAGGCAUCCAAGACAGCUAAACCAACAAAGCCCACAAAGGCUGCAACUCCACAAAUCAAAUUGUCCAAGGACGAGAUUGAAGAAGUCACAGAGGUGUUCGACCUUUUCGAUUUCUGGGAUGGUCGUGAUGGCGCAGUCGACGCUGCCAAGACCGGCGACAUGUUGUACUGUCUGGGCCUCAACCCUACCAUGACCACCAUCAUGAAGAACGGAGGUGUGGAGAAGUUUGGAGAGAAGAACUACAAACUGGAGGAGUUCCUACCCAUCUACCAGACCGUCAUGCAGAUCAAGGACACAGGCACCUACGCCGACUUCAUGGAGGCUUUCAAGACAUUCGACAGAGAGGGCCAGGGUUUCAUCUCAUCUGCUGAGUUGAGGCACGUUCUGACAUCCCUGGGAGACCGACUGACCGACACCCAGAUGGACGACAUCAUGAAGUGCACCGACUUGAGAGAGGAUCUGGAGGGCAACGUCAAGUACGAGGACUUCAUCUCCAAGGUCAUGGCCGGACCUCUCGCAUAAUCGCACUGUAAAUCUGAUGUAAUUUAUUGUGUGUGCAAUUGACUUGAUCAUUGGUAUUUUAUGGAAAAAAACAUUGAUUUUAUUAAAAUACGUCGUAAAAGGUUUAAGUUUAAAAAUAAGUUUCCAACACACCAUUCAUUAUCAUUAUCUGAAAUUAUACAUCAUUUUCUCGUUUCGCUCUUCAUAUGAAAGCCGGUAAUAAUUAUACUCACCAGCUUUACAUCUCAUAAUGUAUAUCGUUUUAAUUGUAAUAAUAUGGUGCAUUGCAAUCUCUGUCAGAUUAAAUGGUGAAUACUAAUUUAGUUUUAUGAGCAUCACAGACGCUGGGUAUUAAACUGCUUCAAGAAUAAAUUUAUUCGAACUUAAA